AUGUGCUGCCCUGCCGCCUUCUUGCAAUUCCCAACCGCUGCUCACUAUGCAGGGAAAUCGUGCAACAGCAUUGGGAUCCUCAGCGCCCCACAGCAGUCCAGGUUCAAGCGACAGCGGCUGGCCGGCUCCGACGCGACCCGAGCGCAAUGUGCGACGCAGCAGCACGUUUUCACCAGCCGCCAACAGCGCUCGAUGAGGCGGCGUUGGAGGAGGAGAGAGACGAAGCUUCGGAAGGCCUUCGACAAGCAGCGUGGUGCCUACCUCACCGGCCGGGUUCAAGACUUGACGGAGAACAUCAGAGUCAACAAGAAAAAUAUGCGGCGUCUCGGAACUGCCCUCGCGACGAACCAAGUCGCCAGCCUGCUCGUCCCCGUGCCUCCCUCUCCCGUGGAGGACGGUGAGGACGCGGACGAUAGAAUGCAGGCCGAGGCCGCGGGGGCCGACUUGGAGGUUGGAGGGUAAAAUAUCCGACAAGCAGUCAACCGUUUGUGGCAGCAAGCGUACUCCAUGUUGAAGGUGCUGACAGCGGAGCUGGCCCGCGACACCAAGCAGCUGGACCUCACGGUAGAUAAAGACGAGCAACGUUCUUGUGGGCUGCAAGGAUGCAACGGAUGCCGCCGUGGGGGAAACCGAAACCAAACGGUUUGAGCUGCUGAAGGAGGCAUCGCUUGUUCGACACGAUGCUUCGCUCCUCCUGCGGAUCGCGGCC